GCUACCACACACACUCCACUUCAAGCCCUCAGGCCUCCGUACGAUCAACUCCAAACCCAUUCAAAAAGCCUGCCUUUAAGACGAGGACAUAAUUAAUGCGGUUUGCGAGGAAGAGAAGGAGUUAACGGAGCCACAAGCUAUAAAGAGAAGAGAUUGGUCCGCAGAACAGAAGGCUAUACGCCCAUAUCCGCCAGAUUGGGAAGACGUAGCGUUCUGUGACGAAUUCCACUUUGGAAUCGGUCCGCAAGUUACAAAGAAGAUGAAGAGAAGGAAGGGGAGGGAGGAGCGAUACAAGCCAGCUAACGUUUACCGGAAGAAGGUCACGUCAAAGGAUACAAAGGCAAAGGCGAGAGAGGAGGAGCACUUGAAGCUUUUGAAUGUCUUUGUAAUUGUGGGCUUGAAUUAUAAGCGAUAUGUGUGGUAUGAGGUAGAUAACGACGUAGGGAAGAUGACUACGGCAGUUUAUACGGGCCAUAUACUUCCUAUAAUCAAAGACGAGCUCCUUAUACGUGGCUUGACCUUAUAUCAAGACGCCGAUUCGGCACAUACGAGUAAGAAGACUCUCAAGUGGGCAAAGGAGCACGGCAUAUUACUUCUUACUCUUCCUGGUGUCUCUCCAGACCUCUCUAUUUGCGAGACUAUGGCCAAUCCAUUGAAAAGAGCCUUUCACGGGCGCCGGUCAGCCACAGAAAAGCAAGCGAAGGAGCGAUUUAUGCAAGUCUUUGAGGAAAUGGACCAGGAGACUAUUGAUUAUCAAUAUACUUGGUAUACUAAGAGGUUAUGGGAGUUGUGUUUUGGUGUUCUGCGCACGUGCCAAUUUCGGCCUCUUUUAUCGGCGCCUGAGAGCCAGGAUGGGCUUGGCAACAUCGUUAAUGUGGCGCAUGAGAGAGACAGCGAUGCAUGA